AAAGGACAGUCGAGAUGGGUGCGCCAAGGACUCCAGCCACUCGCAUGGUCUGCUUCCUCGGCAUAGUCUGCUUCCAAGGCGCUGGAAAUGUGCAUAAGCCGAUGCUUUUGUUGAUUAGACGCCACACAUUUGCGCACAAGGAGGGGUGAAGAGUUGCCGGACGGCGUCGCUCGCAUUGAUCCAGCUGAAGAGUUGUGAAGUAGAAGCCAUGGAGACACCAGCGUGGAUGUCGAAGCUGACUUACCAAACGGUGAAAACAAAUGGUAUUGAUCUGCACUUCGUCGAGCAGGGCACUGGGCCAACGGUGCUACUCCUACAUGGAUUUCCUGAAAUUUGGUAUGGUUGGCGCUAUCAGAUCCCUCCGUUGGUAGAGCGUGGAUACCAUGUCGCGGCAACGGAUUUGCGAGGGAAUGGCAAGUCCAAGGGCCCAUCAGACAUCGGGCUCUACACUAUAUUGCAUGUCGUGGGCGACAUGAUUGGCCUCCUGGACGAUCUGAAGGAGGAGCGCGUGUUCGUUGUUGGCCAUGACUGGGGUGCCCUCAUUGCGUGGGAAUUAAGCUUGAAGAACUUGAAGUGAGUAGCUAGAAGAAUCACUCACGGUGAUCCAGCUGGUGCAAAAGAAAAAGGAUCCAGGGAUCCAAGCUGUGUCGAUUGAGCCUCUCUGCAC